GAAACCAUCAGUCUUUCAAGAUGUUCCGUUUCGUUGCUGUUUUCGCUUUGGUCAGCUGUGCCUUUGCCGGCACCUUGCCCGAUGAUUUGGAUGGCCGUAUUGUGAAUGGUGUUGACACCACCAUUGAGAAGCAUCCCUAUCAGGUUUCUUUGCAAACCACCUCCGGCAGCCAUUUCUGUGGCGGUUCCAUCAUCAGUGAAGACAUCAUCGUUACCGCUGCUCAUUGCAUGCAAUCGUACACUGCCUCCCAAAUGAAGGUGCGCUUGGGCUCCACUGAAUACAACACUGGCGGUGAAUUGGUUGCUGUCAAGGCUUUCAAAUACCACGAAGGCUACAACUCCAAGACCAUGGUUAACGAUAUUGCUGUCAUCAAAUUGGCCACCCCCGUCAGAGAAUCCGCCAAGAUCCGUUAUGUCGCUUUGGCCGAAAAGACUCCCGCCACCGGAACCCCCGCUGUUGUCACUGGCUGGGGCACCAAGUGCUAUUUGACCUGUGUUAGCUUGCCCAAGACCCUGCAAGAAGUCGAAGUUGAUAUUGUCGAUGAAAAGGCCUGCGCUUCCAGCGAAUACAAAUACGGUUCCCAAAUCAAGGAGACCAUGGUCUGUGCCUAUGCCGUCAACAAGGAUGCCUGCCAAGGUGAUUCUGGUGGCCCAUUGGUAUCUGGCGACAAAUUGGUUGGUGUUGUCUCCUGGGGUAUGGGUUGUGCCAAGGCUGGUUACCCUGGUGUCUAUGCUGAUGUUCCUUCUCUCCGCAGCUGGGUUCUUAAGACCGCCAAGGAAUUGUAAAUUUUUCCCAAGUGGAAAUAAACGAAAUUAUUUAAUUUAAAAAAUUUAAAAAAAAAAAUGGCUUUGAUGUU